GAUAAAAAAUUUUGUGAAAUUUAAUUUUUUAUUGCUUUUCACUCGUUGUACUCAUGACAGUUACAAAGUUCAUGACUAUUUGUCAUGAAUUAAAACAACAAUACAUCAGUUUUUAUCAUGUCAUACUGCUAAAAAUUGUCUUGCUUUUGUUUAAUUAACAAGACAUUCAAACCUGAAAGUCUAAAAUAAUAAUAGCUUUUGUAAAAUUUAAUUUUUGAUUUAUUCAAUUAAGAGAAAAAAAAAGAGAUUUGUUUUUGAUAAAAAAUUUUGUGAAAUUUAAUUUUUUAUUGCUUUUCACUCGUUGUACUCAUGACAGUUACAAAGUUCAUGACUAUUUGUCAUUAAUUAAAACAACAACAAUACAUCAGUUUUUAUCAUGUCAUACUGCUAAAAAUUGUCUUGCUUUUGUUUAAUUAACAAGACAUUCAAACCUAAAAGUCUAAAAUAAUAAUAGCUUUUGUAAAAUUUAAUUUUUUAUUUAUUCAAUUAGGAGAAAAAAAAAAGAGAUUUGUUUUUGAUAAAAAAUUUUGUGAAAUUUAAUUUUUUAUUGCUUUUCACUCGUUGUACUCAUGACAGUUACAAAGUUCAUGACUAUUUGUCAUGAAUUAAAACAACAAUACAUCAGUUUUUAUCAUGUCAUACUGCUAAAAAUUGUCUUGCUUUUGUUUAAUUCACAAGACAUUCAAACCUAAAAGUCUAGAAUAAUAAUAGCUUUUGUAAAAUUUAAUUUUUUAUUUAUUCAAUUAGGAGAAAAAAAAAGAGAUUUGUUUUUGAUAAAAAAUUUUGUGAAAUUUAAUUUUUUAUUGCUUUUCACUCGUUGUACUCAUGACAGUUACAAAGUUCAUGACUAUUUGUCAUGAAUUAAAACAACAAUACAUCAGUUUUUAUCAUGUCAUACUGCUAAAAAUUGUCUUGCUUUUGUUUAAUUAACAAGACAUUCAAACCUGAAAGUCUAAAAUAAUAAUCGCUUUUGUAAAAUUUAAUAUUUGAUUUAUUCAAUUAAGAGAAAAAAAAAGAGAUUUGUUUUUGAUAAAAAAUUUUGUGAAAUUUAAUUUUCUAUUCAUUCAAUUGGGGAAAGAAGAAUAGAUAUUUUUUUAUUAAUAAAAAUUUUAAUAUUGAUAAUUCUCAUAUUGAUAUUUAGAUUAUCAACAAACUUAAAUUAUUUUGGAAAAUUGUUGUACUCAUAAUGACAGUUACAAAGUUCAUGACUAUUUGUCAUGAAUUAAAACAACAAUACAUCAGUUUUUAUCAUGUCAUACUGCUAAAAAUUGUCUUGCUUUUGUUUAAUUAACAAGACAUUCAAACCUAAAAGUCUAAAAUAAUAAUAGCUUUUGUAAAAUUUAAUUUUUUAUUUAUUCAAUUAGGAGAAAAAAAAAGAGAUUUGUUUUUGAUAAAAAAUUUUGUGAAAUUUAAUUUUCUAUUCAUUCAAUUAGGAGAAAAAAAACAGAAGUUUUCAUUAUUUUUUUCUACUUUACAGAGAAUUCGUAUUGAUGACGAUCCAAACGAAAACAACUCAGCUAUUCCCCAGACUAAAACAGGUGCGCAGACUCGUUUUAUACAUGAAAUUUCAACGUCCAAAUUAAGAACAAUUUUAAAUUAUCAUAUGGAUACGAAGUCUGUUCUUAUGCAAACACAAAAAACUGGAAAAUUCAAUGAACAAUAUGCCCAGCUAGUUGUCAAUCGUGUGGUUGAAACUUUGAUCGACAAAUUUGAACAUAAAAAUUGGGACGAAGAGCACUUCGAAAAGAUUGGCAAAAAUCUAGCCACUAUUUGUAAUGCUAAAGACUCAGUAUUUUGGUCUUUCAAGAAAGGAAAAAUCCGUGAAAGAUUCAAAAAUUAUACCCAAAAAUGCUUGAAGAUCCAAGGUCUUGUAAAGCAAAAGUCUAAUAAAAUCGAUAUUGAUUUAAAUGCCGUCAAAUUACCUGAAAUAAAUGAUGAUUCUGAAGUCAAUAAAAGUAUUGUUUGGCUAAAAAAAAAUUCUGAAGGAGAACUUGAAGAUAUCAUCAAUCAUUGGGUAAAAACUGAAGAAUAUAGGAAGCAAUGGAUGGAUUUAAAUAAAACCAAAACAGUUGAAUUACUUCAUCAAGAUUGGCCAAUUUUAAUGAAUCCUAAAUAUGGUCCUGACCUUGUUUCACAUGAUUUUGACAACAUGAAAGUCAACGGUAACAUCGAUAGUAAUUGGGAUUCAUUUUUUGAAUAUGUUCAUGAAAAUUUCAAGUGCAAAUCACACAGUAAAGAAUGUAAAAAAAUUCUUGAGUGGACAGAAGUUUGCAUCUCAACUUCAGGAGGCAAAAUGAUGUGCCAGUUAAUACACCUUGCUUAUUUAUUUCCUUUAAGAGGAAAUGGUAAACUUCAAUCUGACUCCAAAGGAAAAGGAAUAAGCAUUGUAAAUAGUACGAAUUUGUCAUGCAAAGACUGUAGCAGAUAUAGCGGAAAUUCAAAAGAAAAAAAUUGAAGAAGCUGGUCGGGCUAAACCACAUCCAUUCAUCGUUGCUGUCAAUGGUAGCGAUUUGAAUGAAGCCACAUCAUUCUUCGUCCUAAUGGAUAAAUACACUUAUCCAAUGAAGUCACCGAAAGAUGCAAUUGAUUUUUGUUUUAAAUUAUAUCAUACUCUAUCUGCCGACUAUCCUCCAGCAGCGAGACAUGUUUGGCGCAUGAUUGAAAUUGGGAUAUACCGAUUUAAAAAGCCAGGAUUCGAAGAAAUUGCUUAUUUAAAAUCAACAUUCGAACAAUUGGAAGAUAAAUUUUUACUUAAAGAAGUUUUA